GUCGGUUCAGCAGGCCUUGGGACAAGCUUUCAUGCAUUGUCGUUCGGUUCGGGACCUCAGCCAGGCACAGAGGCGCUCGCUGUACGAACAAAAGGCCUUUGAUCGUGUGGGCCGCGGGCUUUUGGAGGCCGCCCUCAUCCACAUAGGUUGUCGGCUAUCACCUUCAUUGUGGAAUUGUGUGGUUGUCUACCUGACGCAUCUUCUCGAACAACGGCUGGGCCCUGAUUGGUGCAGGCAGCGGCAGGUGGGCUAUGCCGACGAUAACCUUUUCAAGUGGAUUUUCCACAGCCGGGAAGAGGUCAUGCAGGCCAUCACCGAGGCAGGCAUCGUGAUUGACCUGUUUGAGUCGAACGGGCUACGGGUGAGCAAGCAGUUCUUCUUCGUCUGGCUCCGUCUUUGGAAAGCCUAUGUCCUGCCCACGGUCUUCUACGCCUUAACGGCGGCGGGCCUUACGGACAAAGGCGCCGCCAGCGUUCGCAUAGAACUUGUGAGGCAGCUGCGUGCGAUUGCGGGACAACCCCGCCACAUCACACUCGAGUCGGAUGCCCAGUUCCUGGACAACAUCGGAUUGGACCAGCCAUUGCAGAUCCUGGUGCAAAGGCAAAAGAGCGUCUUGGCAAAGACCAACAGUCUACAAGGACGCCUCUCAGCGCAGGAUGUGCGGCUCGAUCCCGGGCUGAUUGAGCAUGAGACCAACAUUUUGCGCAAAUUUGAGGCCCUGGCGCAACCUGGUUGCGCGACUGAAGCGACGAUCGACUUGCCAUGCCCCGAAUGCGGCCAACAUUUUCCCACUGCUGCAUCCCUACGUCAACACAGAGCAAUGGUGCACCGCCGAGGUGACAACAAGCCAAAGGGGGAGCGCUUUGAUAGAUUACUUCACGGCAAGGACGGACUCCCCCAAUGCAUCAAUUGUGGUCAUAAAUUCCGCUUGUGGGAGGAACUUCAGAGACAUGUUGAGCUGGGCCGGUGCCAGGCAUCCACCAGAGCCGAUUAUGAUGAUGUCCACCCCCCUCUGCUUGCUAAGGUCCUGCAAAACGAGAUCAUCUUCCCCGACAUUCUGCACAGCACGCCUAGCGAUGACCUCAAGAAGGAACUCAUUGAACGCUGUGCAAUCUGUCGGCAAUGGCUGCCGAACGAGAAUUACAUGAAGGUUCACUAUGGUCGGGUGCAUCCAGACGAGUGGCAGGCGCACAGCUCACGAUUGCGGGCACAUGUCAGUUUUGUGGACAUCGGGCGCAACAAGGCAGGGAUCACAGGACCACGUGCCCGGCCCUUUUCCAAUUGA